ACAUCGUAAGCUAAACCCGUGCUGACGAAUAACCAACCCGCAAUGAAUAGGGAAGGUAUAGUAAUGCUAUGAAUGACCCAGUAUCGAAUACUGGUAAUAAUAUCAGCAAAAGAACGUUCUCCUGUGCUUCCAGACAUGCCGAGCUCCACAUAUUCUUGUACAGUCAAAGGACGAUCGAUUUCGUAAAAGAUGAGAUCAGUAAAUAGAAAUUCACUGAAAAUGGAUAUUUGUGAGAUCGUCAAUAUUGUACCGAGGGUGUCUUUAGAGUAUACCGAAUCAGUAUAGCUAUCCUUCUUCUGCCACAGCAACGCAAUUUCAAUCAGUAUCGAAAUGAAGUGUUAGAAAAGUUCUUUCUUCCUUUCUUGUUGCUUAUCAAUGUAGAACCAUGUGCCAUUCAAUAGAAAAUCUCUCAAAUUCCUGUAGUAUAGGGUUUCUCUCUACUAUUGGUUUCGGACUAGAAACUGAAGAUCAGGUAAAAUAAAUGUGAAUCUGACAAAUUUCUUUUUAAUAAUUCAUGAAAGAGAUUAUCAUAUUCCCACAAUUUUAUUGAUACGAAAUCUAGAAAUCGCCUUUUCGUUUUCGUGGUUGUAGAAGAGGUUUUUUUUUUUUUUGAAUCUUUUUUUUUUCAUUUUAAAGAAUUUCUUAGUUAUCCAAUAACAAGUAACAGUAGUAGAUAGUAUUCGAUGAAAGAAAGAGAACAAUGAAUAAAAUAAUGGGAACAAUCAAUAUUCGCGAAGCACGCAUUGUUGUAUUAGAUCUAAGGGUUCUUUCUUGACCUAACUACCUAACUAGAAGUUAUAAUAUGGAAAGACAAAAUGUGGAACCUAUAAAGGAAAAGAUAAUAGGAAUUUUUUAGAAUCUAAUUGAACCAAAAUACAGAUUUUAUUUUUUCGAGUGAUCUGAUCGUGCGAUAUCUUUUUUUUUUUCUCAUUCGAGAUACUAUGUGAAUGAACCUACUAUUGAAUCUAAUGAGUUAAAAUUAAAGUAAAAAGUAAAAGAAAAGAUUUUAUUGUUAUAAGGGCACUCUUCGUUCCAAAAUAUAAAAUGUAUUCGAUACAAUUAAAAAAGAAAUGAUCAAAAUAGAAAUGAUUUUCUAAUUUUGUUUCAUAGUGACGCAAAGAAAGUUUCAUUUUUGAAUGAAGUUACACGGCACAGUUCUUAUUUUAUUAUUAGUUUACUCAAGAGUUGCUCAAUGAAUCUGUUGAUUCGGAAUCACGGUAUGGGUAGAUGCCACAGAUAAUGAAUCGAUUUCUUUUUAUACCUCUGUCACUCUAUCUUUGUUAGUGCCGCCUAUAAUAAUUGAUUGAUGAAUCAAAAACUUUCAAUUUAACUUAUUCUUUCAAUUGGUAUUUUUGUUUAUCCUCGUAUCUCGCAAAAAUGGAAACUUAGGUAAGUGCUUUAUAAACAUAUGUAUAAUAAAGAACAUAUUUCAUUUAGCUCCUUCAUGCCUACUAUAACUAGUUAUUUCGGUUUUCUACUAGCGGCUUCAACUAUAACCUCAGUCCUAUUUAUUGGUCUAAGCAAGAUACGACUUAUUUGAAAUUAAUCGAAUAAACAAUUCAUAAAGAGAAACCUUUCCGUGAGAUUCCAUGUAUUCUAUGAGUUCCUUACCGUGUCAAUUGCCAAUUCUUGGUCAUUGCGAUUCAUGGGCAAUUCGGAUUAAGAUUUAGGGAUAGAUAUUACCUCUCUUUUCCCCUUUUCAAACAAAUUGAAAUGAAAUGAUUGAAGUUUUUCUAUUUGGAAUCGUCUUAGGUCUAAUUCCUAUUACUUUGGCUGGAUUAUUCGUAACUGCAUAUUUACAAUACAGACGUGGUGAUCAGUUGGACCUUUGAUUAAUUAACAUCUCUUUUUUUGAUUGACCUCCUCUUUUCUUUAUUCUUUAAUCCACAGGAGGUCAAAUUCAGAUUGCUGUUCAAGUUAGUGAAGUUAGUUCAGUGUAAUUCCAACUAACAAAAACGGAAUCACGCUCUGUAGGAUUUGAACCUACGACAUUGGGUUUUGGAGACCCACGUUCUACCAAACUGAACUAAGAGCGUUUUCUUAUCACAAUAGAUAAGACUAUAAAGAAAAGGAUUCUUUUUGUAACUCCAACACAUCUUGUAUGCAUAUACUAUUAUAGUAUCAUAAAAUGAAAAAUUAUGUAUAUCCAAUUUUAAUUGAUCUCAAUUGAUUCUUCGUUACUGCUCAGAGGAGAAGUAAUAGGUAGGGAUGACAGGAUUUGAACCCGUGACAUUUUGUACCCAAAACAAACGCGCUACCAAGCUGCGCUACAUCCCUUUCAAUUGGUCUACAGUGUCAUUGUAGAGAAUACCUGUCUUGUUUUCCACAUCCUUAUUUCCUCCAUUGAUAUACACAAUUUUUCUUCCCAUUUCUUCUUUUUUUUUUUAUCAUAUUAUUAUAUAUUAACAUAUAAUAAUAAAAGACUUAUAUACAUAUAAAAUAUGAAACCCACCCUAAAAAUGAAAUAAAAAAUAAAUGAAUAUUUUUGGGGAAUGCUCAGGAGUAAAGAAACUUCUUUUUAUGUUUUAAGAAAAAGAAAAUCUUAUCUAGCGAAUCUUCAAUUUGAAUCGGGAAUUCUGUGUACAAAUACAAGUGGUCCAUAUGCAUCUGAUCAUAUAUGUAUUACCAUUAUGUAUUACAAUAAAUAAGGAGGAUUUUAAAUGCGAGAUCUAAAAACAUAUCUUUCCACGGCACCGGUACUAAGUACUAUAUGGUUCGGGUCCUUAGCAGGUCUAUUGAUAGAGAUUAAUCGUUUAUUCCCGGAUGCGUUGACAUUCCCUUUUUUUAAUUAACAUGAGAAGGGGUGAAGAAUAUUAGAGAUACAAUCAAAUAUCUGUGACUAAUUCCUUUCCCCCUCCUCUUUUUUUCUCUUUUUUAGAAUUUUAUAAGGGAGGAGUAAGAGAAAGAAUAAAAGUGGAUUUAACCUCAGCGAAACUCGGGUUCAGACUCGAAUCAAAUUAAGAAUAGAGGGAAAACGUAAAUGUAAAUGUUGGUCUAGUGCAAGAGUAUCAUACAAGAUCCUUAAAUUAAAUACUGUACUGCGAUUAGAAAUAUAGUUAUAGUUAGAAAUCAUUGUAUUACUUAUUAUUUACUAUUACUCUAUUGAUAUUGAUUACAACGAAAUCCUUCAUAUCAUAAUUGGAUUUUGAGUUAGCAACUUCUAUUUUUUUUCCUUACUUUCUUCGGAUCGAAAAUAGAAGACUUGAAUGAAUAAAAAAAAAACAAA